AUGCAUGCGGCCUAUGAGAACAUACCGACCGGCAAUACGCUGAAAUAUUUGGCUGGCUUGGAUGGGACUGUGAUUUUCGAGGUUGUGAUGAAGAGUGGAGUUGCAGCUGGGAUAGGGGAGAGGGAGGUGCUGAGGCUUCCGCUGGGAAGUGAUUGUAAGGUUGAUGCGAUGAUUGCGGAUUUGGAGGCUGUGAGGGGGUUUGUUACUAGUUUGGACAUCGAGUGA